UUGGGGAUCCCAGGACAUUACAAUUCCAGAAAAGAAAAAAGUCAUUAAUUUUUUGUAAAAAUUGUUUUAUUUAUCUGAUGCAGUGAUGUUUACUUACCAACAUUCCUUCCAUAAAACUAUCUGUCUGUCUAUCGUGCCACACUGCACUCUCAGACUCCAUAAAUGUCCCAACUUUGUGACACUCUGGUCCAUUUAUGUCUAAUGAAUAAACUGUCACAAGGAAGAAUUUCUCACAGUUCAAAUUCCAAAUGAAUGUUCUUUCCUCUGGAGGCUUAUUGUUAUGGUAAUUCAGGAGUGGAAUUUAUUAUGAUAAUUUCUUUAGCAUUCCUUAGCAGAAUCAGACUCCCAUGCUAAAGGAGCAUUUUCCAGUCCUGUUGCUUUCCUGUGUUACAACACAGGACUCGGCACAUUAAGAAGCUCCUGGCGUAAACCAGGUGUGAAAGGGGAAACUGACUAACAAGGACACCUGUUCCCUGGAGUGGGAACAUGCCAUUAUAUACAUCAUAUCUCUGCCAUUGCAUACAUCAUAUCUCUGCCAUUGCAGACAUUUGAUCAGGAGCAAUUUGCAUGUCUAAUGCAUGUGCUCCCUUGAGAAUUGAACCUGUGAUCUUGGUGUAGAUGACACAUUGUUCUACCUUACUGCCAUGUGAGCUAUUAUAAAGCACUUUUGGGAUUUUUAUAAAUGUCACACAAGAAUUUCAGUCUUUUCUACAGCUCAGAGCACAAGUGGCUGAAGUGGCAUAGAGACAAGAAACCAGUUUUGCCCUUCUGAACUACAAUGGCUGUCACAGCACCUGACAAGGUCGAAAUCUCAGACAGCCAUAGGCCACCUCCUCGGCGGGGGGGAGGGUUGAUUGACAGAACAAAUCACCAUUGACAUACACCACCAAUAAACCAGUCAGGAAGUACCAGUACUACUGUACUAGUGCUGAAAGCUUUACACCUUGAUGUAUAAUGCACUCAUCUGUCAUCAUUAUUUGAAAGAAUCUUAGAUGCUAACAACCUCUGAAGGUCGCAGCUACGUCUAGACUUGUUUACUCUCUGUUGGUAAUUUAGCCGUUAGAUUGAUUAUUCAUUAUGAAUUACAUGCACACCCUCCUUGUAUUCUCAGAUAAAUCCUAAUACAGUGUCUUUUUCCACCAGGGAAUGUGUGACACUACCGAGUAACUAAUCUCAUUCGUGCAGAUCUCCAAACCCCUCUUCCUCCGUCAUCUCUGCUGCGUAGCUGCGUUAGGAAUGCGUCAGGCGCACUGCAGUGUCAGCGGACUGUAAACAGGGACGGACCGAUUCUGCUUCCUGUCGGCAGGCAGCGGAGAGGACGUGAUGUGUUGUGUGUGAAGAGCAUCUCCUUUUAGCAGGGACGCAGGAAGUGCACCAGACAGCACAAGCAGACGUCAGCCUCUUGCCCAGAAUGCACUGCGGCGUGCAGCAUGUGGUGUGUAACCCACUGGUGAGUUCCUGUCUCGCUUUCAGAGGGAGAUCUGCACCAGCCCUACACACAGGUGGGUACUGAACGUAGUGCCCUCUCUUGCUGCAGCUUGGAUCCGCUUGUAGUGCCAGUCUCUGCUUCCCGCCAGCUUGCUACCCAAAGCCAGGCCAGAAACACGACCCCUGACCUUUGACCUCUGACCCCGUGACCUCCCCUAAGACCCCUGAGGACAACGGACGGAGCCUUACCUGCCACUAAAACGCCAGUGCUCCACAAAGCGACAGUGCGUCCUUCAGUCCCGGAGCAGAGCUACUUCGGAACGUUAUCCCCCCUUCAGGUCUCCUUCGGCACGCACGCUAGUCAGGAAGAAGAAAAACGUCCCAAAUCUUGGAGCAGAGUUUUUGGAUUCCUUUUUUUUCCGGCUGCCUGGGAAUUUUCUGUGCUUCUGUGACUCUCCCCUGACCCUGCACACUCCACUGAGGAAUAACACACUCCACGUUGGUUGUUUGAGCCAGCAAGACCAAGACACACACUCCAGAGAAACAAGACAUACAAAUAGCAGGUCCUCUUGACCUUGGACACAGGAACGCACACACACACACACACACACACCCAAACACACACACACACCUUGCUUUGUGCUUGCCAUGGCAAUGAGCAUGGCACACAUCCGAGAUCCAAAAUGGCUGACAUUGGAGGUGUGUCGUGAGUAUCAGAGGGGUACGUGCUCGCGCUCGGAUGCUGAAUGCAAGUUCGCACACCCCGCCAAGAGCUGUCAGGUGGAGAAUGGCCGAGUCAUCGCCUGCUUCGACUCGCUGAAGGGCCGCUGCUCCAGAGAGAACUGUAAGUACCUGCACCCUCCUCCACACCUGAAGACCCAGCUAGAGAUCAAUGGGCGGAACAACCUGAUCCAACAGAAGAACAUGGCCAUGAUCGCCCAGCAGAUGCAGCUAGCCAAUGCCAUCAUGCCUGGCAGCCAGCUUCAGCCAAUGCCUUUGUUCUCUGUCACGCCGAACCUCACCACUAACCCAGGAGCAGGGGCGGCACAGUUUAACCCGUACCUGGGCCCCGUGUCACCUGCCCUCAUGCCCACCGACAUCCUGCCCAGCACCCCUGUCCUGAUCGGGGGAAGCCCCUCCGUGGCGCCCGUCCCGUCUGCAGCCAACGCUGCCGCGGUCGCCAACGCCGCCGCUGCCCAGAAGCUUUUGCGAACUGACCGCCUGGAGGUGUGCCGUGAGUACCAGCGCGGUAACUGCUCCCGUGGAGAGACAGACUGCCGUUUUGCGCACCCUGCAGACAGCACGAUGAUCGACUCGGGUGACAACACAGUCACCGUGUGCAUGGACUACAUCAAGGGCCGCUGCUCCAGGGACAAGUGCAAGUACUUCCACCCCCCUGCUCACCUGCAGGCCAAGAUCAAAGCCACCCAGCACCAGGUGAACCAGGCUACUGCCAGUGCUACCAUGACGGCUGUCAAAUCACUGAAGCGACCCCUCGAGGCCACCUUUGACCUGGGCAUCCCUCAUAAUGUUAUGCCUCCCUUGCCAAAGAGACCAGCCCUGGAGAAAAGUGCUGGCACCGGCUCCAUGUUCAACGCUGGCAUGCUGCAGUACCAACAGGCUCUAGCCAACAUGCAGUUCCAGCAGCAGACUGCAUUUAUCCCUUCAGGCUCAAUAUUGUGCAUGACUCCUGCAGCAAGUGUGGUACCCAUGAUGCACGGCGCUUCACCGGCCGCUGUGUCCGCAGCAACCACGUCCGCCACUAGUGUUCCCUUCGCAUCUGCAUCAGCCAAUCAGGACUCUUCUCUAUCAAAGCUGACUACCAACGAAUACAUGCAGCUGAUUCCAAUAAUAUCUGCUGAGCAUCUGACUAGUCACAAAUACUUGACUCAGAUGUAGGCACAGACCAGACCAAUCAAAUGAAUGUGCUGAUCUAUUUCCUGGGACAAACUCCAUCAAAUAUUCACAUUUCAGAUGUUCAGAAUUAGGAUAGUUUAUUUUAUUCUGGUCAGAUGUACCCUUUAGAUAUUCUUAGUCCACUGGUAAAACAUUUAAAGUUCUAGUCCAUGAUUCUCUUCUGUGUGGAGAAAUGGGGCACCCUCAGAUGUGCUACGUAGAACUACAUACAACACGCAGAAAACACAUAUCCACACACCCUGAAAAGAAGUCACUGUUAUCAUGUCUUAACAGCCAACUAACUGGUACAUAUUGACCAAGAAAUUAUUUUUUAUUGACUUCCUUUUUUCAAGUUAAUAGGAUUUUUCAGUAACACUUUACUUAACGUUAUUUCUAUUUUUUAGACCCACAUUACGCCACAUCCUAGAUUUUCCGUGAACAUCAUUAGCAUUGCAGAUGAGUUGGAAGAUAGGUCUAAUCUGUGUCUAAUCUGUGUUUAAUCUGAAAACCAACUCCUAAAGUCAUGCAGUGAAAAAUAUAUAUUAAAAAAAACAAAUCCACAAACCAUGUACCUGGAUGUGGACAGAGUGUUUUAAGAUCCCUCUGGAGGACACAGACUUGGACAUGAGGGAGACAGCACAGUGUGGACAUGAGGGAGGCAGGUGAGGAGUGCUGGGAUAACGUGUUUGUCUCUGUGUGCUGGAGUAACGACCACACCUUCAUCCUUCUGGUCGCAACUACACGACUCGCACAGAUUGCCGGUUGGUUAUGCACUGAUUGCACAGAUUGGCCACUGGUUACGCAUUGCGUAACACACCUGGCUAGAUACAAACAACCGUGCAGAGUCGUAACCUGUUCAUCUAUGUAAAACUAGAAAUUAUCCCAAAUUGUUUUAUAAGUAGGUAUAAUUAAAUACUUUUAGACAAUAUUGUAAGACAAUACAGGUGUGUUGCAAGUGUUUAUAAGAUGCGUUAAAUGUAACGUAAAGUGAAGCGUUACUGAUUUACCAUAUAGUUUACAAAAAAUUUGCAAAGAUGCACCUUGAAUUUAAAGAUAAUUACAAUUCUACAUGGCACAAUACAUCCAGCAAAAUAGCACGUAGACUGCUGCAUUUACAGAUCGGACUUCCAGUCCUGAUGGCUUGUAGAAGAGAGAUCAGGAUGGCAGAAGACUAAUGAAUGUUUUAGGUCAACCCAGAAUCCUUGUCAAAGCACAUCUUAGCAAGCUUCACCACCUCUAUGGCGCUCCACACCACACAUGCAAACAGAAAGUGUUAUAACAGCAGUGUUACUGUGUUUACCAGAGAUUGUUUUUUAGGAAUCUUGUUUUUAUAAAUAAUUUCUUGAUCAUGUGAGGGUUUUUUUGUUGUUUUUUAACAGAAUUUUUAGUGUUAUUUGUCUACAAUGCUUUUGAAGGCGUUUCCAUUCAGCCUUGUAGUUCCUAUUAGAUGUCUUUUUUUUGUUUUGUUUGUGGAGUGGAGAAUGACUAUUGGCUGUCAUGCCGCGUCUCUGUGCUAAGACACAGAUGAUUUGUGGAGAUCUUGCAGCUAGAGGGCAGCGUGUGUUUCCAGUCUCCUCUGGAGUGGAGGGGGGACUCUAAAAUGGACUCAUAGAGAAGCACUGUGUGCAUGCGCCAGACUGGUCACACAUCGAUUGCUUUUACGUUUGUUUUGUAUAUGGGAAUAACGGAUACGUGUCUGGGUCAAGAUUCGAGUUUCCUUUUGAAUCAAUUUUGUGCCGUUUGUGUUUAUUUUCUGAUUUUUGAGCUCAAACAGCCUUUAGCCAAUGUACAGCAAAAACAAAACAAAACUAGAGUUAGAGUAGAAACAUUAGGAACCUGUUAAGUUGUGCCAAAGUCAUUUUCCUCAUUAUUUUUUUCCUGGGGUUUCCAGGCAACGUUGGCAGUGAGCAGCGAAUUCGCUGGCACUUCCUGUUUGUGGUCAGGGGGCCCAGGGUAGAGCCAAAGCCAAAAUUUCCAGAUCAGAGAACUGAAGUAAGCCGCUUUACUUCAGAGCUUCUGGUGUCAUUUCAAAGCUACGGCUCUGUGCUGCACAGUGAGCGCGAAGACGUCCAGAAAGAACUCGCAAUCUAGACUCCUCGAGAUCUAGAAAAGUGCAGUUCAGCCUAAAUGUCUUAAGUCUGUCGCGGGUGUACAGAGGUUAGGGUUAGGGUCAUUCAGGGUUAGGGUCAUUCAGGGUUGGGGUCAUUCAGGGUUGGGGUCAAUUCAUUCAGUUAAAUUCAUAAAGGGAAUUGAAAUGGAUUAUUAAAACUCCUUGAAGUGUGUCAGUGAAUGUUGCGAAUUGUAAUUCAGCUCAUCAACUGAGUUUAAAUUGGACUGAAAGAGCCGUAAUGGAACUGACUCCAGCUCUGUGGUUAGUGAUAUUUCUUUACAGAGGCCUUAGAUUUCAGUUUCUGUUCUCACACACUCAAAUGUCCAUUUAAAUCAUAAAGGUUAUUGUUCACACAUUUUAUAGUCGUAUUAAUCAUGUUACACUUACCGAUCACUUUGACUUCAAAUCCUUAGAUAGAGUCAUAUUGCUAAAUGUUUGCAUGUUUAGUUUGUGUAAUUCACUUUUGUAUUUGAUAAUAUUGUCAUUGACUUUUUUAGACUUUAGAGAAGUUUAUUCUCUCUGUUUUUUCUCUGUUGUUCUCAUUUUCAAGUAAUUGGUGUUUAGGGACUUUAGGGACAUCUGUUUAACAUUUUACUGAAGGUUCAAGCUAGAAUGUUUGACUUUUCUCAUUUUUGGAACCUCUGUUUGAAGUUCAUAUGGAUAAUCUUUGUUUUGAUAUUGAUUUUUGCAAAAUAGUUGAGUUGUAGUUAUUGAAACAAAUAAGUAUGGCAUUUGUUAAUUUAAUGAAUUUAAUUUUUUUACGUAUCAAAAUCCGGGUUGUCUCAAACUAUUUAGUUAACAUGUUGAUCAUAUGUGCUAAAGUAAAAAGUUAUUUUCUACUGUAUCCAUUUCAGAACAUAAAACUUGUAUUUUGAUAUUUGGAAGAGCAUCCCUGAAUGUCAGGCCAAUAAUAAGCAGCAUGUACCCAGAGAGUUUUGAAGAUUUACUACGAUCACGUGUGUGGGGUGUGGCCUCCAAGGCCCUGGCUGCAAGUCAGAGCCAUAGCCCAAGGGUCAAAGGUCGACUUUUUGCACUUCUGUACAUAGUCAAUAUAAAACAAAGUUAAAAAAAUGUAUAAUAUGGAGAUCUUAUUUUGAAUAAUAAAAGAUUCUAUGAGAAAUUUUGUUAGGCUAAUUUAAGACAUAGAGUGAUAGACGAGCUAACAGAUUACGCUUGCAGAAGUGACAUAGCUGUUUUUAAUAUUACUUUACAUCAUUGCUUUAAAAAAAAAGAAAAAACAAAAAAGAGCAAAGCUCCGCCUUAAUUUCAUUUGCUUCCCCUCAUGUGAAGGACGACUCCGACAUUUUGGCAGAAAAUCUCUCGUUCCAUUUGUGUGGAAUAAAAUCUGAUUCAAAAUAUGUGGCACAAAUAUCAGAACGUCAUCAGUUUAACUCCAUCCUAGUGAAAAGAUCUUCUAGCUCUGAACACUCCUCCAGGGCCACGUGCUGCAUUCCCAGACAGCACACGACCGUUACUCUGAACACGAGCACAAGCUAACCCUGCGUGUCUUAUGUUGCUGUAACAUGAUAGAUUUAUGCAUCUGACUAUCAUAAAUGUUUGGGCAGAAAUUAUGUUUUGUUAGAUUUCUGACAGAUGAACUCCAAAGUCCAAAGUGUCUUCCAAUAUUUAUCAGACACAUGUGUGAACGUGUGAUGAGUGUGUCCAAAAUGUCGCAGGCUUCCUUUAAUAGGGAGAGUCGGAAGCCGUCCGGAAGCUCUCGUCUCCGUCGACCCCAUGCUAAGCGUUGUGUGUUAUCGUUGUGCUCCUCUGUGGGAGAAAAAAAACAAAACAAACUAACACAAAAAAAAAAAAAAAUCCAACCAAAAAAAUGUAUUUGACUUGAGCCUGGACAUUGUAAGUGCAUGUAGAAGAUUAACAUGAUAAAAUUCCACAUUAUGAAUGAGUAGAUAGUGCAGUAAGUUCUCACCAUACUGCAGUUCUCAUAGUCACAAAUUAUCUACACAGUACAAAAGACUGAAAACCGUCAACUGCUGACAAGUGUCGGCCUACAUUAAAUGUUUCAAUCUGAAGUGAAACACUCACCAAAAUCCAUCUGACCAUCGGGAUAAAUGUUUUUAAAAAAUAACUUCAAAAUGACCCAACAUGUUAGCAUAAGCCUUACACAACAUAACAAGCACAUGUGCGCGUCUUUGCAAACACACACACGUAUACAGUUACUUCUGUUGUGUUGCUAAGCACGGCGCCUUCUGCAGGAAGGUCACCCACCAAAAACAAAGUGAACCCUGAGUGGAUGUUGCCUUCUGCUCACGUGGCUCUGUACUGGCUGCUUCUCAACUGCUAAUAAACCAAAGCGUCUGUCUGCUGUGCCAGGCACCAGGCUCAGUGUGGCACUGUACCCGCUGUGCCGGGCACCAGGCUCAGUGUGGCACUGUACCCGCUGUGCCGGGCACCAGGCUCAGUGUGGCACUGUACCCGCUGUGCCGGGCACCAGGCUCAGUGUGGCACUGUACCCACGGUCCUGGCCAUCAACCUCAGUGUGGCACUGUACCCGCUGUGCCGGGCACCGCUGUACCCAGCACUUCCCGCUCUCAGGUGGCCACUCCUGCCGAACGCGCCUGUUUACUGGAUGUUUAAUGCUCCUCAUGUAAUCUCAUGCCCACUCUUUGCUUAGAGUUGCUGUAAGACCUUGUACUAUGGUUAAAAAAUGUUUUAUGCAUUUAUUAUUAUAUUUGACUCUUGCUGUUAUGAAUUAAUUAAAGCAAAAUGGAUUUGAAAUGAAAA